AUGGAGGCCUUCUUGGAAGAGUUUCAAUAUCUCAAAAUCCGACUAGAGGCAAUAAAGUCGGCUACCAGAAACUUUGAUAACAACAAUAUUAUCGGAAAAGGUGGAUUUGGGAAGGUAUACAAAGGAGUCCUCUCUCACUCUACAGGGCAAACCACGGUUGCUUUUAAGCGUCUAGAUCGUAACUAUGGGCAAGGAGACUCUGAGUUCUUGAAAGAGAUCCUAAUGCUUUCAUGUUACACACAUCAAAAUCUCAUCUCUCUAGUGGGAUUUUGUGAUGAAGAUGGUGAGAAGAUCCUUGUGUAUGAGCAUGCAUCUCAUGGAAGCCUCGAUCGCCACUUAAGAAUCACUACUCUCACUUGGAGGCAACGCCUAAAUAUAUGCCUUGGGGCUGCAAUGGGCUUGUGCUAUCUUCAUGAUCCUAAAGAGACCCAACAAAGAGUUAUCCACCGUGAUAUAAAAAGCUCCAAUAUUCUACUAGAUGAGGAUUGGAAUGCUAAAGUCUCUGACUUGGGGCUAUCGAAAAUAGGACCUGCUAAUCAGCAACAUACCUUUCUUGCCACCAACGUUGCAGGUACCUUUGGGUAUAUAGAUCCGAUGUAUGCGGAGAAGAGCAUCCUAACAAAAGAGUCAGACGUAUAUUCUUUUGGUGUUGUGUUGUUUGAAGUAUUGUGUGGGAAACUAUGCUUUGAAAAUCAAAAUGGUCAUUUACAAAGUUUAGUGCAAACGUGGAAACAAAGCUAUGAAGAUAUGAAAUUAGAUGAGAUUAUAUUUCAUGAUCUAAAGCGACACAUGGAUCCGAGCUCAUUGGAAACACUUUCAGACGUUGCCUAUCGCUGUUUGCACAAAUCUGGUGAAGAUCGACCAAAGAUGUCUGAGGUUGUGGAAAAACUUGAGAUUGCGGUUCGGUUUCAGGUGAUUUCUGAAGAGGCCGAACCUCAAAUGGACUAUGAAGAGAUUAGUAAGAACGCGGUACCACCUCUGAUCUACAGUUCCAGUGAGGAACUAACUAUGCUUCUCUCCAAAGGAAUCCUCGUUAAUGAGGGGAAAACGUGGUUUUGGUUAAACAAGAACGGAGAAAAUUGUGAAAUGAUAUCGCCAAUAGGAAGUUUGAUUCCUAUUGACCCAGCAUCCCCCGAGGAUUAUUGUCGAAAGAAAUCAAGUGGAAUACUAUGCACCGUUUUGUUUGGAAUUCAGAACACAUGUCAACACACAAUUUUUGUCACCACAUAUCACCUACACUAUAAACCUUGUAUUCAGUCUCGACGACUCAACUAA